GACGACUUUUUCAACCUCGACGUACUAAACUCAGCUCCUUCAGCUUUUACAGCUUCGUCUUCAUCUUCAUCACCACGAAGCCCUUUCACUUUCUCAACUACAAAUGGCGCAGACGACGAUUUCUUCGCCCAAUUCUUAGACACUGAUGAGUUAACAAAGGGUCCAUCCCUAUCAUCACUCUCAGUCCCUUCAUAUGACUUUUUUGGUGCAACUGAAGCUACCGCCAGUACAAGUGGCUCAAGUCCUGAGAGCAUCGACGCAAACACUCCCAUGUUCGCAAUAGAUCCACAACUAGCCGGAACUCCUGCUACUUCAAACGACCACUCAGAUCAAGACUCUAACUCUGACCAGGAACUAGAGCUAGAGCUAGAGCCAGAGUUCGCUCCGCCUAAAUGUUCUCGCCGCGGUGCUGUCACUUCUGGUGGCAUAAAGAAGUCAUAUUCUCCUUCUGAGAAGGACUUGAACUCGGGUGCGGGAAAAUCAAAGUCCUCGAAGGACCCUGCCCCCCUCAAGAUCCUAGAACCCGAAGACUGGCGCCCAAGUCCUGAAGAAUACAAGAAGAUGAGCAGCAGAGAGAAACGCCAGCUCCGAAACAAGAUCAGCGCACGAAACUUCCGAGUCAGGCGAAAGGGUCAAAAUAUUCUCAAGCGCUGCCUCCUCGAAUCUCGUCAUGCUCCCGACCUCCCACCCCCAGCAGAACUCCAAACAGGCGCACCCCUCUCCCCACCCGGCACACCUGUAUCCGUCCCAUCAACAACUCCGCUCAUCACCCCAAACACCCAAAAGGACCUCCCUACGUCUCCACGUCUGGGCGCAAGGCCGUUUUGGGGCGGAUUUGGUGGUAUGGGCGUUACACCUGUACAUACCACCCUCAUCCCACCCGUCGGGGUCAAAGCCGUCCUUCAAGAGAACAUCAAUCCUGCAUUACACCGCCCAAGCUCAAUCGUCGAGAAGACGAACAGCAAACUCAAUGGCCUUGGUAUGGGCAUGGGAAUGGGCAUAGGCACAUUCGAUGCCUUUGCGGAUACGAAUCCAUAUCCAUUCACACUCAAGACCCUCGAUGCAUAUCGGAUGCAAUUAUGGGGGAAGAUGGCUGCGCAGCAUGCUCAUGCCAAUGGGAACACAAAUGGGAUGGGGUAUACACCGCAUGGAUUGGUAUCGGGCCUCAAACCUGCGUAUUUCGCAUCACCGAAAUCGCAACCACAAGCACUCGCUGGGAAGAACGCGUAUCCUUCGCCGCCUCCGUCCCUUGGAUUCAGAUCAGCGCAGGUACCUACGAGGGAACAGGCUGCGCUUGCUGCUAUUGCGUCGCAGACCCUACUUGGGAAGCUUGGAAGCGCGUUUUGGGAUGCAUUUUCUGGUUCUGGGUCUGCUGCAGGUUCCGGUAUAAGUGGGAGUGGAAGUGUGAUGAGAAAGGAGUGGGAUGCAGAAAAAGUACGCAAGGUCCUCGAAGGUCGGGCAGUCGUCCGAGUCGUUGAUCUCGAUGAGCCCGUUCCCAACAAACCCUCUCCCUCUUCCUUAAUGGUGCCUUUGAGUACGGUGGAAAGGAAGCCGUCCCGAGUGGGAGGGACUGGACCGUGUGCGUGUGCGGCGUACAAGACGAAUGUGUGCGAUAUUUUGGAGGAGAGUAUGAGGAGCUUGACGAUUUCGAAGAAGUAGAAGCAGGCAGGUCUGGCUUCUGUCCUCGCCCUCCUCUAUGUCCUCUUUUGGUUCCUUCAUCGUCCGCCGUGCUUUACUCCCAGCCAACGGUUUGCUUCCCUUUUCUUUUGUGUCGACUUGCAUUAACAGCAUCAUAUCCAAAUACUUUCCUCGUCCUUCAUAAUCUAAUCCAAACCCCGCUCCGCCUCCGCUCAUUCGUCCUGCGCCUUCUGUGGCUUGAUCAUUUGAUGAUCAUUUUCCUGCCGCUGUUAUCGAAUUUUGCU